ACACAUCCAAUCCACAUCGAUCUUUUUCGCUACUGCUCACUUCUCUCCAUUCAAGUAUACGUUGUUCCGAUUUCUUUAGUAAGCACAAGCUAAUAGUAAUUCAAGCCUACUUUUGCCUGCGAGAAGCCUCAUUGUUUUUCUUGAAAGUUAUCUUCAAGAAUUCUUGCUAUUGACUUUAAUUGAACAAAUGAUUGCUACUGACGCAGUUGAAAUAUCUAUGGAUCCUCUGUUAUGAGCGGUAACCAUAAACAACAGCCAAACUAAAAUCCACUCGGAAUUACGAUAAUGCCGUCCCGUCAAUUUCCGCCACGUCCAGACCUCCAACACCACCGCUUCCGCCACCUGGUUCUCUUACUGGCCGUCGGACUGACAGCGGCUUUUUUCCUCCUCGUUCUCCUCACUGUCUGCCUUCUCAAGUUCACCAAGAAACGCGCUUCUCCUUCCUCCGACACUGAUUGCAAGAAACUCCCUCACAAACUCUCCUACUCCCUCCUCCGCAAUGCCACCUCCAACUUCUGCCCCUCCCUUCGCCUCGGCCAAGGUGGGUUCGGUUCCGUAUACCGUGGCACCAUUACGCUUGACUCCAUCUCCAAGAACUUGUCUUUCCACGUUGCGAUCAAGCUCUUGGACUCUGGGUCACUACAAGGUGAGCGUGAGUUCCAAAAUGAACUGUUUUUUUCCUCAAAAAUUGAUUCUCAAUACGUCGUUUCCGUGAUGGGUUAUUCGUCCAAUCCCAGAAAACGUCGCAUGCUUUUGGUUUACAAGCUCAUGGAAAACAGCAGUUUGCAAGAUUGUCUUUUUCAUCGAAAAUGUGAAGAGUUAAAAGUCUGGGACAGGAGGUUUUUAAUAGCUUUGGAUAUAGCCAAAGGGCUUGAGUAUUUACAUCACUGCUGUGAUCCUCCAGUUAUUCAUGGUGAUGUUAAGCUGAGUAAUAUUUUGUUGGACGGGAGUUUCAAUGCAAAAAUUGCCGAUUUUGGGUUGGCCAGGUUGAAACUGGAAGAGAAUGUUGAAGGUGAGGUGAAGGAGGGUAAUUUGGGUAAUGGUGUGGAGAAUAAUGGAUCUAUAUUGGAGGAGACAGAGAGUGCGAUCACAGCCAGUGGGCUUGACGAGUUCAAUAAUGCUCAUCAUCGAGUGGGAGUAGAAAUGUCACCGGAUGGUGCUUUUCUGAGGGUUGAGGCCUCAUCAGAGGUGAUAAUGAGGGUGGAAUUGUCACCCGAGGCAGAGACGGCUCCUGUGGUGUCGCCGAUGACAGUGGCUGCAAUGGCAUUAUCAUCCGAAGGUUUGGAGAAGACGAGCAUAUCGGACGGGAAUUUUGAUAAGGUUAGUAUUGAGAGUGGGGAAGAAAGGAACGUGUGGAAAAAGAAGAAGAAGAUUUCUUCUGGGGAUGAUUGGUGGUGGAAGCAAGAUAAUGGAGAAGGGGAGUUACUAGGUGUGAAGGAUUAUGUGAUGGAAUGGAUUGGGAAUGAAAUCAAGAAGGAGAGACCAAAGAGCAAGUGUGUUGGAGUGUCAUCAAGCGCCGGAGUGGUUGGGAAAUUGGAGAAAAAUAAGAAGGAGGAAAAGCAGCUGGAUUGGUGGGUGUCUUUGGAUGACAACAAGAAUUUGAAGAAGGAUAAGAGGAGGCCUCCAAGGGAGUGGUGGAAGGAAGAGUAUUGUGCAGAGCUCGAGAGGAAGAAUAAGAAGAAGAAAAAAUAUUUGCAGGGAUCUAUAAGCGAUGUUUGUUAUAAUGAGAAUUGGGUGCCAAGAGAGGGUCAAUCGUAUGCCGACAGAAAGAAAAAAUAUAGGAACAAGAGUAGAGGUAGUGUGGAUUGGAGGUUGAAUGGGUUUAGUGGUGAGCUUUGGAGAAUGGGGAGAAAUAGUUAUGAUUCUAUCAGUGGAGAGAUACCUAAGAGCGGUGGUUUUAGCAGCACACCAAGUAUGAGAGGAACUGUGUGCUAUGUUGCACCAGAGUAUGGUGGUGGGGUUGAUAUAUCUGAGAAAUGCGAUGUUUAUAGUUACGGAGUUAGUUUGUUAGUUCUCAUUUCAGGACGUAGGCCACUUCAGGUGAUGGAGUCACCCAUAUCAGAGUUCCAACGAGCCAAUCUUCUAUCUUGGGCGCGCCUUCUUGCCUGUGCUGGGAAGCUUCUUGAUUUAGUUGAUCAGAAUAUUCAAUCUUUAAAAAAAGAACAAGCCCUGCUUUGCAUCACCGUGGCACUACUCUGCCUGCAGAAGUCGCCUGCAUGCCGACCUUCAAUGAAAGAGGUCGUGGGGAUGUUGUGUGGAGAUUUAGAAUCUCCGCAGCUACCAGUUGAAUUUUCCCCUUCACCUCCCUCCCGCUUCCCAUUUAAGUCACGCAAGAAAUUUCGGUGAGUUUUAGUAGAAUAUCACUUCUCCAUGAAAAAGAACUAAAUUAUUGUAGAGAGUUAUUUAUUUUUGUGAAUGAUUAAUGUUAAGAAAGAAAGAAGAUGAAAAUACAUAUGAACCAAUUUAUCCAACCAUCAAUCUUUUGUUUUAAUUUAAGGAUCUCCUACAAAUAUUAUGUGUAUUCUUGGGUA